AAUCGUUGAUCCAUCUUUGGUGUUUUUACUUUUGGUGGUGCUCGAUUUGCAACCCAAAAAGUUACAACUUGUGUGACUACCUUCUGCUGUUAGUAGGAUAUGAGCUCUGUUUGUGGUAAGUUGGAUUACAAAGAUGCAGACUUUGACAUCUCCACUUCGAGGCCCACGCAAUGUUCUAAAGGCUCGAAGGAUACCUCCUUUACUGGCUCUGAAGAUUCUCAGGAGUCUGAUGGAGAUGAAACUGGUUAUAUAGACCCAACUGCGAAUGAAGACACCGCUGAUCAGGAUUUCGGCAAAUCCACUUUAAGUCCCAACUCUUCAGAUGAUGAAGACAAGGAUGAGAAUCUUACGACUACACCAGUUGUUCUCAUCCCAGCCAUAAAAGGCAGUCGAGAGAAGCAUGGCUUGUCACUGAGGAAGUCGAGUGUUUCAUGGGCGGCUGAUGUGUAUGAUCCUCCUCCCUCGAUAGCCUCCCACACAAGAAGCAAGAAACAACUACAGAAAUCAAAGAGCAAAGACAACCACAGGAAGACCGGAAAGAAAGGACAGAAGAGCAAAGACAACUCUUCCUCGCGUAGUGGCAGCAGCAAAGACAAGAAGCAAGCUUCUCGCAAACACAGCCGCGAAAAAUUUGAAUGGGUAACUCAGAUGCCCACUAGCUGGGAAACUGAUACUGAUCCUGGCAUCUCUUCUGAUCCUGAGAACGUAGGCUCAAGCAGUCUCACUUCUAAAUGAUAUAUAUUUUGUAAACAUUUUGACGUUUAAUCUUUGUUAUGUUAAACUCUGGUUUGGGUUCAAUUAAUUUGCAAGUAGAUACGGUUAGGCAAAGAAGCCUCCAUGUACAAUUUGUUCAACGUGUACAGUUUCACAGUUUGUGAUUUUCCUUAUUCUAGCUUUUCCAGUUGAUGCAGCUUCCUCUUGUUUAGUUAGGAUGAUCUCUCAGCAGCUACUCAUCCUUCAA